AUGAUUUAUGAAGAUCAAAAUGAUACCAGUGGAAUGCAGAAGGUCAUGACUAAGCUGCAUGACUAUGCUCCAUGCAAUGACAGUACAAAUCCAACAGAGUUUGUAGAGCAAGGUGUUGUUGGGGACCAGCUUACUGUUGAACGUGGUGUAAGUUGCCUUUUGCAGCUUGCAAAUGGUUUCACACAAAAGGAAAGGCUUGAUGGGUUGCACCUUGAAGUUGCUGACUUCCAUGCUGGGAUGAAAUUUUUACAGGUUGCAUUUGACCAUCUAUAUUCUCCAAAGUCAAGCUCAGACAAAUGUACCAUGUUUGCAGACAAAGUGUUUAUCAACAGACGCAAUGUCAGAAGUGAUGUAAGCCAGAAGGUAGAAGGUUGCAAACAGUUCUUCAUUUUGGAAGUCACUGCACGUGUUCUUGCUGCUUAUUGCGAGAUACUUGGAAUCAAGGAUGUUGAUGAUGAACCUGAUCAAAAUACAGUUCUUGAUAAUGUAUCAAUGAUGAGCAUCAAAGAAAAGAAAGAGUUGUUAGACAGCCUGUCAGCCAAAGUUGUAGAUAAUUUCAUCAUCAGGAAGGAGCGCAAUGCAGGCAUUGUUAAUCGACAAAUAUAUGAAGACUGGUUACUGGCAACAAAUGUGAAAGAUGAUGAUGGAAUGUAUCUAUGCAGAAAACAUGGCUGUUUACAAACCUUCAAAUUUGACGGGAAAAGAAGAAUUGAACACGAAAAGAUGCAUGGACUCCACAAAAAAGCUCCUAAUACAUCUGCUAUUGUUAAGGAUGACAUGUUCAAUUAUCAAUGUGCCUUGCUCGAUAUUGGCAUGGUGCUCAUGAAUUUUUUUGAUGCUGUCUCCGAGGGUGAUGGACUAAGAGUUGUUCGAUGUUGGAAGUUCAUGCUACUUUAUAUGAAACAAGAUGGUGCCCGCAGCAGGAAAUAUGCACUUGAGGGUCUCUACUUGUUGUUCCAGGUUUAUGCUAUCCUAUCGGAAAGAGAUGCCCAUUCUUUGAUUUGGAACAGGUUCAGCAAGAGUAGACAUGGUCGUGGAGGAAACAUACCCCUGGAUCUAGCUAUGGAGCACUACAACAACUUGUUGAAGAGUGUUAUAAGGAACCUUGGGCCAAAUGCAACAAACACAAGGGCUGUUGACAGAUUCUGCAAGGCACUCACAGUGAACAAGAAGAUGUUGGAGAACUUUGACUCCAGCUGCAAUGUUCUACGAAGAUCUGGAAAGCACAUCAAAGCUAACAUUUCAGGAGACUUGAAGAAAAUAGUUGGGGAAUUGAUAAAGAAUUCUGCACUUCAGGUCAUUCCUGGAAGAAAGUAUAGCUCAUAUGCAGGUGUGAAGCCAAGCUUACUAGAAGAUUUUGACAUCCAUGCAAUGUACAAGUGGAUACAGGAUCACAAAAGUCUUGCAAAAUUGAACAAAGCUGGUCGCUGA